AUGGACCUGGUCUGCCAAAGUGCCGAGAAAGCCUGUCUCAAACAAAUCCAAGAUGGUGACUAUCCAGCGGCACACUCACCUGCGUCAGACAGCCCAUCGGAGUCAGAACCUCUGGCGGUCCAGGCUGAGGAUUCCCCGGUAACUGACAAGAGCCUCAAGGUGAUGCUGAUGCAGGUCCAGACAAUGCUACAGUUGGACUUUCAACAAUUGUCCACCACCUCCGUAAAGAAAUGGCGAAUCUGGGAGGUAGGACCAAUCACCUCGAGCAGAAGGCUGAAGAACUCUGAGCAGGCCCAUAACGAGUUUGCGGACAGGCUGCAACGACUGGAAGAAGACCAUGCCACCCUCAAACACAAAGUAGCGGACGUCGAAGACAGGGCGAGACGGAAUAAUAUCUGA